GCUUCCUGGCGGAGCAGUGGAACUCCUUCGAGAGGAGCGGGACGCCCAGUCGAGAAGCGCAUGUACUGGCUCAAGCGGCCCUACCAGUGCGACUCUCGCCGGGUCCCGCAGGAGUGGAACAUCUCCUACGAGCUGGAGAGGAGGAUCGGCACCGGCAGCCACAACGACGACGGGGGCGCGGAGUCGGACUUCUCCUCUUUCUCCGACAACAUGUCAGAUCAGGAGAUGGACGUGGUGAGCAAGGACAAGUGCCCAAGAGCAGCUGGUAUAUCGCAGAGAGACGCUAGCCGGAAAAACAGCGUUAAAACCAGCCCAGAUUCCCCACGGACACUCCCGCGCUACUCAGUCGGGGUCUACGGCGGGCAGGGGUCACCCAAACCGGAGAGCGCGCUGCCUCCGAGGCGCGCACCGAAAGUGAUGAAUAACGCGUGUCAGUCAUCGUAUUCUUUGGCAAAGUUCCAGGAGAGGAUCCCCCAGCGGUGCCAUGACAACCAUUUCCCCGACACGGCUGUGCAGGAAAACGGGGUCAUUAUGCGCAACAGGUCGUGGCUGGAGUCGCGUCACAUCCGGCGUGCAGCCGACAGCAGAUGCGCCUCACCCGAAUAUCCUCAGCCCACCUCCGCCGUCAACUCUAAAUAUCGUCGAGAUGCACAAGGGAGCAUCUCGAAUGAAGAUGAGAUUAACAUCACAAGCGAUGAAGACAGGGACGUGGACAAUCGCACAAAUGUCAAAUGUCGUGGUCCUGCCGGUGACCUUUUGACCCAAAAAGUAGCACAAUUGCGCCACACUGCAAAGUCAAACGCAGACGGAUGCGCGUGCUUUAUCUGUGGCACGGAGCUCGCUCCAAGUGGGAGUUAUAAAGUCAGUGUUCAAAAGCAGGAAACGGCACAAGGGGAGCCUUUCUUUCCCUUCCUGUGGUUGCACACUCCCCCUCCAGGUGCGUUACCCAUCGGUCCAGCAGGUGCGACCCUGGUGUGCUGCAGCUGUCACGCCUCACUCAUGCAGCAGUGGCACAACUUCCAACAGGCUGAUGUUCCCGUGCUUCAGCGCCUCUAUGUCGUCCCGCUCAACCCGGCCGCCGCGCCCCAGCGGGACAAACCCACCCGGCCCGCGGAGUGUGACACCAAGGGUGCCCGUGAGGCCUGUUUCCUUUGCGGUCAGGAGUGCGGCGCCGAUAAAGUAGUGCAUGUGCAGGCUGGCGUCGGCAAAUCUCGCGGUGUGAUGUAUUUUCCCUUCAUCGACAUGCUCCCCUGCCCGCCCGACGCCCAGCCGAUGAGGAACGGGCGUGUGCGCUGCUGCUCACAGUGCCUUUUAAUCCUCGAGGACAUCUGGAGUGCUUAUCGCCUUUGUCUCAGCGAGGAUCUCAUCACCUCUGUCAGCUCUUUCCUGGUCAGGUAUCAUUCCGUCAUGGGCAACGAACGGUUCGGCGCUGUUGGUUCCCAAAGCGGGGUGUCUUCUGAGAGUACCGUGUCAGUGUGCUACUUGUGUGGAUUGGAGUUGUCUACCGGAUGCGAGUUCCAGCUUCCUGUCAACCCACCUGGACGUUGUGGCGAGAAGGAGCCGUUUUUCCCUUUCCUCACAGUGCACCCUCCUGCUCCUCAAGCCAAGCCAGUUGACGCCACGGGCCUGGUGUCAGCCUGCGCCCUCUGCUACCAUGACCUGCACAAUCAGUGGGCCCAACAUGAGGGCAAAGGCCUGGGCCCCUGCACGCCCUCUACACCCUCGACCUCUAGGUCUUCCAGCUCUCCUUGGGCUCGCCAGUACACCUGUGAGGCGUUCAUGUGCUUCUUCUGCAGGCAGGAGCAGCGCAGGCACGGGCGGCUGUGCACGGUCACUGUGGCGAGGCUCCCCGUCUUCCUCUAUGCGCCACGCGGCGCUCGCACGCUCCUGGUGGAUGAUGGAAGGAGGCUGAUGGUUGGCUCGUGUGUGGAUUGUAAGACUAUGGUGCAGGUGGGCCAGAGCGCACAGCAGGACAGGGAGAGGCUUGGACACGGGGUCUCGGAUGGGGAGAGAGAAGAACCACAAUUAACCUCGCCACAGCCUGGAAAACAGGCCUGCACUGUGACAGAGGAGCCGACUAGAGCCGGCGAGGAGGCCAACAUAAAGACCUCCCAACCUGGAAGUGACCUCACUCCUCAUCCCGUGACCUUGGAGCCAGAGAUAUCCGAGCCCGUCGACCGCCCAUGUUCCAGCAUGAGCCAUGAGCCAAAGUCACCAUCCUUAGGAAUGAUCUCCACGGCAACCCGUACAACGGCGACGGUCAGCCCUCUCACCCCGUCGCCUCUCAACAGCUCCAUCGUAGCCAAUGGGAGCCCAGCCGCCCAAUCGGCUCACUCUGGAUUCGCUGCAGCACUCCGAAAACUGGCAAAACAGGCAGAAGAACCACGAGUUGCCUCCUCCAUCAGCAGUGAAUCUUCCCCAGUGUCGUCGCCAGCCACCAACCACAGCUCUCCAGUCAGUACGCCCAAGAGGGGUCCUCUCUGUCCAGGGCCUGUACUGGUUCCCCCAACAGGCCACAGCGUGCAAAACACUCCGCCCGUCGUCACAAUUGCUCCAACCAAGACUAGCAACGGCCUCUGGAGGAGUGAGGGACGCCAGGCUGAUUCGGGGCCUCGUGGGGCCAGCAGGGAACGGCUGGGUGCAGAGGGGACCCUCCCCCAGGAAAAGGGCCCCUCAGUCCCUGCCCACCUCCUGGGAAAUCCUUAUGCCUUUGGUCUCCCCCCUGGCGCUGUGAUGCAGGAUUCGCGUUUCCAGCCGCUCAACCUUCCCAGACAGUUGCCUAAUGCCGUGCCGCCUGGUCCUGUACCAGAAGAGUACCUCCGUGGUUUUAGGCCCUAUGCCACAACUGAGGAUGCUCUCCGCAUGCCCUCUUUGCCAUUGGGCCUCGACCCCGCCACUGCAGCUGCCGCUGCUGCAUACUACCAUCCCAGCUACCUGCCUCACCCCUCCUUCACGCCGUAUAGGAUGGAUGACCCGUUCUGCCUUUCUGCUUUGAGGUCCCCUUUUUAUCCACUACCAGCAGGGGGCGCUUUACCCCCCAUCCAUCCAUCCGCAGUCCAUAUGCACUUAUCAGGGGUCCGCUACCCUGGAGACUUCACACACCCUUCACUUUCAGCACUGCAGUCUGAGAGGCUUCAGCUGGAGGAUGAGCUGCGGCAGCGUGAGAGGGAGCGGGAACGGGAGCGAGAAAAGGAGCGGGAGCGGGAGGCUGAGCGAGAGAAGGAACGGGAGCGCGAGAGGGAGCGAGAGCUGGAGCGAGAAAGAGAACGGGAGCGAGAAAGAGAGCGAGAGCGGGAGCGGGAAAGAGAGAGAGAAAGAGAGAGGGAGAAAGAGAGGGAAAGAGAAAAGGAACUGGAAAGGCAGAAGGAGAAAGCGCUGAGAGAGAAAGAGAUGCAAGCCUCCAAGGCUAUGGAGAGCCACUACCUGGCUGAACUCCAUGCCAUGAGAGGGCAGGAGGACCGAACCAAGCCAGAAAAACUCACCCCUAAUCGGGCUGAUAAAACCAAAGAGCCCCCCCUUCCAGCUCCAAAACCGGUCCCGCCAGGACUCCACUCUGCAAUGGUACAAUCGCAUCAUACGGUCCCUGGUCUAAUCUCAGGCCACAGCCUCUACAUGGGGCCCAGCGCCAUGGGGACAGGUCUCCCAACCUCCAUAAUUGCUCCCAGGAACAAUGAGGAGGAGAGGUGGUUGGCAAGGCAACGCAAGCUGCGGCAAGAGAAAGCGGAUCGCCAGUACCAGGUGUCGGAAUUCCGCCAGCAGGUUCUGGAACAGCACCUGGACUUGGGACGGAAUCCUGACGCACCAGAACACAGAACAGACUUGCACAGACCAAAUAACCACGAAGCAGGAAGCCGAGACCUCCAUUCCCACUUAGGUGCCCCUCCGCCACUCAUCUCCCCCAAACCCUCUCAGCCCCCACGCGAACAUCACCCUCCGCCUCCCACGACUCUGUGGAACCCAGCAUCUCUAAUAGAGACACCCUCAGAGUCCCGGCGCACCCACGAUCCCUCAGGGAUGGGACACUUUGAGCUCAGUAGGCUACCGCCCGGCCCCUCAAAGUAUGAGGAUGGGGCCAGGAGGAGAGACAGUGGAACAAUGGAGAAGUAUCUGCAACCGAGAGGGCCGCCCGGCCUGCCAGAGCCUAGUACAUUCCUCGCCGAUCUGGAGAAAUCCACCCACUCUUUCUUCAGCCAGCACCGGGCGUCCAUGUCACUGACCAGCCAGUAUGAAAUGGAAGGAGCUAUCAAAAGCAAUGCUGGACUGAAGAGCCUUCAAGGGCACAGUCGUCACGGACAAGCUGUUGGCAUGGUGUCUGGGUCAGGUGUCGUACAGGUAGCCCCACAGGAAACGGUGCCCGACACAAUGCUGAUCUAUGACGAGGUUCUUCAGCAGCACAGAAGGCCGGUCAGUAAACUGGACUUGGAGGAGAAGAGGAAGAGGGAAGCCAAGGAGAAAGGUUACUACUAUGAUCUGGAUGACUCAUAUGAUGAAAGUGAUGAGGAGGAAGUGAGGGCACAUCUCAGAAGGGUUGCAGAGCAGCCCCCACUCAAACUUGAUGACUCCACAGAGAAACUGGACUUCCUGGGAAUGUUCAGCCUGACCACUGUGAGCCGGCGGGAGGAGCUGGUGCAGCAGAAGAGAAGAAAGCGGCGGAGGAUGCUCAGGGAGCGCAGCCCCUCGCCAGCUGCCUCGCAGUCAAAACGCACUCCUCCUCCCCCGCAACUCAGCACGCGCUUCACCCCUGAGGAGAUGGACCGAACACCGGAGCUGGAGGAAAAGAAGCGCUUCCUCACUAUGUUCAGACUUUCCCAUGUCACACUUCAGCAGAGAAGAGAUAAUGAAAGGGCGGUGGAGCUGCUUCAAGCCAUUAAAGAAAAGAGCGUAACCUUGGAUACCAUCAGGCAUGCCCCUCAUCCGCUGUGCAAAAGCCCCCCAGCGCAGCUUACAGAUUCCGCAUGUUCCCAGCCACCCUCAGAAUCUGAAGACCACCACAGUGUCAAGCCGAACAGCCCCUCCUCACAUUGCCCGUUGUCCCCGUCCCCUAAUGGCCACCCAAAACCCCUCGGGGACACGCUAAGACCAAAGGAUCCUCCUUCUCCAGCUGUCUACCCCGACAAGGCCCGGGGGGCCACCGAGGGGCCGGUCUCCAAGAGAAGUUCCAGCCUGCUGAACAGCUUGCGGCCCCCGCUCCCUCUCCAGGCUAAGGAGGGCGUCCACAGCAUAAAUGGACGCACCAAACCGUGGGACAGCUUCACCCCGGAGGAAUUUGCCCAGCAGUUCCAUGAAUCUGUGCUGCAGUCUACUCAGAAGGCGCUGCAGAAACACAAAGGCGGGGCUACCGGGAUGUCCGAAUCGUCUCCCCUGCAGGAGUCCUCUGUCCAUUACAACAUUCCCGAGCUGCAGCGCGCCCCCGGCAGGCCGCCUCCGCAUUCCCAGUCACACUCGAGCACGCAUCAGUCGGCUCUCGCACACGCGCACACGCCUCAGCCUCAGCCCAACGGGCAGCACUUCUCCGCGCCGCUCCACCGCGACGCCUCAGGGACGAGGGAGGACCUGUCUGCCUCAGAGGAGGACGACGACGAAGAGGAGGGGGAGGAAGAGGCGGUGCCAGCUUCCAAGUGGCAAGGGAUUGAAUCCAUAUUUGAAGCUUAUCAGGAAUACGUUGAAGAACAAACUCUGGAGCGACAAGUAUUGCAGAACCAGUGUCGACGGCUGGAAGCUCAAAACUACAACCUCAGUCUCACUGCUGAGCAGCUUUCGCAUACCAUGGGGGAGCUGAUGUCCCAGAGGCAGAAGCUGGCGGUAGAAAGGGAGAAGCUGCAAGCGGAGCUGGAGCACUUUAGGAAGUGUUUGACUCUGCCACAGACGCACUGGCCCAGAGGCGGACAUUACAAGGGCUACCCUCCCAGGUGACAUCCCCCCUCCAAAAAACAAAAAAGCCGCCAUCCAAUGCCCCCCUUCCCCUAGAUACUUCUCCUCUCAGACUCACAGUAGAUUAUCCCAAUCGACUCGGCUCUAUGGUGGAGAAGAAGUGCUGAUAGAAGAGUGAAGGAAGGGGCAAUUGGCGCCAUAACCCAACGUGUGCCAACGUAGCCACUAAAUGAGCCCGGCGAAGGCUCCGGGAUACGGUGGAGUCCUGCUUGUCGCACACUCUUCUUCAUCACCGCCACCCCAAAACACAGACAAUCCUGCCAACGAGGGAGAAGAGACACUCCGAAAGUCCAAAGGAACGCUCGCGGCCAGUCAGGAAGUGAAGUCACGACGGCGGCACUGCGAGCGUUCCAUCUGGACAUGCACUUAUGAAUAAUAGCUGAAGAACUACCUGGUGGUACUGUGUUACAACAAAGACAUAUUUGAAUUUGGACAGAAUGUUGAAAUGCACAUUUUUGGGGGGAAAUAAUUAAGGAAAUGUUUUAUUUCAAAAUGGGAAAAUUUGAGAAUAAGAAUUUUAAAAAGGGGCUUCAGCCUUAUAUUGUACAUAAUAUGAAGACUUAAAAGAAUUUUUGUAAGUUUAUUAUUUUAAUCAUUGUUCUUUUAAAAGUAAAAAAAAAAAAAAAAAAGCCUGCCAUUUUUUUUUUAUAUGUUUAUGCUUUUUCGGAGGGGGGGGGGUGGUGUUUGCAAAAGGCAGCCUUGCUUAUAGUGUUUGUACUGCUGCUGGCCAGAACAGCUUGAGAGAAAACACAGGAUCUUAUCUUCACUGGCAGCGAGCGGUUACGAGGUGAAGUUCCUUCCGAGGUGCCGACGCGUGCCCUUGCCACCUUUUUAUUCACAGCAUAGCGUGACGUCCAUUUCAGCUUCUUCUCCGCUGACUUAACAAAAUGUUUGCCUCUCACUGAAGUGUGCACACAAGCCAGUUUUUGUUACUUGACUGGCUUGACUUGAUAAAUAUAUAUAUAUAUAUAUAUAUAUAUAUAUAUAUAUAUAUAUAUAUAUACACACACACACACACACACAUGAAGUGGCCAGCUGAUCUUGCUAGUUAUUGAAGACUCCUCCUCACACACAUCAAAAUAGCAUCAAGCAACAGGCCCUUUGCCAGGUCCAAGCCUUUUCUCCACAACCAUGAAGGGCCGAGUGCCAAACAAUACAUUUCAAAUUCAAAAUGAUUUAGCCCCAAAAAAAAAAAAAAAAGCUAAAAAAGCCUCUAAACUCCCGUCGUG